UAUCGUCUCAUAACGAUAGGUUUGGCUGAUUUACCUCGUUCGAAAAACGAAAAGGAAAGACAAGAAAUUAUAAGAAGGGGCUCCCAUCUUUCAAGUGAAUACAAUAAUCCAUGCUUAAAAGAGCAGCAGUUGUCAUAUAACUGUCUGAGUGAUAUGAACUACGAUCGUGAUAAGUGUGGAGAUUUCUUCAAGAAUUAUCGUAAUUGCAGAGAUUUUUGGCUAAAGGUGCAAGUAGACAGAAGAAGAAAAGGAAUUAAACCUGAAAUGCCAUGGCCAGAAGAUCGAGAAGACAUAAAGAAGGAAUACAUGGCAGGAAACAGAAAAUCUUGAUGAUUUUUAGAACUAAUAUUUUGGUGUUAGAUGAUUGACACCUGUAUACUGUAAUAGCUUGUCAUAGCACUUUAUGUAUGUAUAUAUAUAUAAGCAAGAAUACCAUGCAAUAAAGUUUUCUGUAGUAUGGA